UGUAUUUGUUUUAAUAAACUGAAUUGAUCGAUGUAGUACAUUUGAAAUCAAUAUCAUUACAAAAAACACAUAUAAUUUUUCAUCCAGUGCACUCCUGUAAUUAUUUGUACACCUGUUGAAAUUCCCUUGCAUUUGGAGUCUGUUCAAUCAUGGCCUCUCUAGAUCCGCGCACUCGAAGGGAAAUUUCUACUUCAACUUCUGGAUCCGCCACUCAACUUAGAAUAAAUCCGCCUCAACUUUUUACAAGCCCCACCACUGAUAUAUUUGAACUCGGGUCAAAUUUAAGCCAUACAUUAUCAGAAUGCAUGUGCAAACAAUCACACUGAAGCUAUGUUUACUCUGGUCAAAGCUACACGGAUCGAGGCACUGCAUAAAACUGGGCUGUGCCAAACAGUCCGUACGAUGAGCUUAACCCACAAAGCCGAUAUUUCAACAUGUAAAUCAUCAGAUUGUAUAAUAAUUAACCAUCGCACUUUUGCAAUAUUUUUUUCAUGUUCAUGUUGUGAUAAUGAUUGAGAGAAACAUAAAACAUAAGUUUCCCUUGCUGGGCCCCUUACUGACGAGAGUAAAUCGUUAACUCGAGCAUAUUUCCUAAGUGGACGAGAUUCGUAUCAUCACCACUGAUAUAUACACAUGGAACCCACGCGUAAGAUCCGCAUUUUACGGAAGGCUGUUACAUGUGCACGCUCUAUAUCACGGUCUUAUCGGCACCCGUGGCCUCUUUCUAUGAUACACCUCUGUCAAUCGGAAAGUCCUCUGUCUUCAAUACACACUCAGUCUGACAGAAAGUACUCCAAUAUGAUCGGCUCAGUUCCAGAGGGAAUUCUUCUUGGGGUUGGUAACCCCCUCUUGGACAUGACGAUUACUGGCCCUGAUGCCAAAAGCCUUCUCAAAGAGUACAACCUUUUGCCAAACAAUGCAAUUCUCGCCAAGGAGGAGCACAUGAGUUUGUUUGAAAAAUGUGUCAAACAAUACAAUCCAAUUUAUCUCGCUGGGGGUGCCACUCAGAAUACCAUAAGAGUGGCUCAGUGGCUCCUUCAGAGGCCAAAUGCCACCACUUUCUUUGGUGCAGCAGGGAAAGAUAUGUACGAGGAAAUUUUGAUGAAGAAAGCGACUGAAGUUGGUGUGAAUGUCAAAUACGACAUUCAUCCAGAGAAGUCCACAGGGAAAUGCUGUGCCAUCAUAACUGGAGAGGACCGAUCCCUUGUGACAGACCUAGGAGCCGCCAAGCUGUUUGACAUCAACUUCCUAAACGAUCCUGAAAUUUGGAGUUUAGUGGAAAAAGCAAAGUACUUUUAUAUUGGUGGAUUUACUUUAAGUGUAAACAAAUCUGCAGUAUUAAAAAUUCUUCAACAUGCUGCGGAUAAUGACAAAGUUGUCAUUAUGAACCUCCAUGCCACAUUUUUGUGUUCCCAUUUUGCAGACUCUGAAUUGAACAUUUUACAGUAUGUUGAUGUUCUCUUUGGAAAUGGAGAUGAAGCGAAGGAACUUGGAAAGGAAGUAGGUUUCACAACUUCCGAUGUUAAAAAGAUUGGGCUUGAAACUGUCCACUUACCCAAAGUUAACUCGCGGCAUGGCAGGACAGUGAUAUUUACCCAGGGGCGGUCUCCAACAAUCAUAGCAAGAGGAGAUGAAAUCCAGGAAAUUCCAGUCGUUCCAGUGGAGAAAGAUUUGAUAAAGGACACCAACGGCUGCGGAGACGCUUUUGUAGGGGGGUUCCUGUCACAGUUUGUACAAGGGGAGCAUACUGAGAAAUGUAUACAGUGUGGUUCUUAUGCCGCCCGUGAAGUCAUACAAAACUUUGGAUGCAAUUUUCCAGAAAAGCCGAAUUUUGUUGCGAACGACAAGUCUUGAAAAUCAAGAUAUCUUAAGUUUGUGGUUUAUUCAUUUUAUAAGGAAACUUUGAUAGUUGGGCUUUUGGUGCAUUUUAGGUCUAACAAUCCCCAUUUGACUGCCAGUGAGCCAAGGGUUAAGGUGGUUCAUUGUUAAAGAUAAUGAUGGUAAAGGAUGCAAGAUUAAGAUGUUAGCACCUAGCAGCAAUAUUAAAGGUUGUGGUCGUUUGCAGUAUUACCGUGCAAACAAUUAAGGAUAUGUGGUCAUUGAACAUGUAUGUAUAAAAGCAUGGAGAGAGAUACCCUGCAUGAAAUGGUGACGCUGAUGCUCUUAGACUAUUAGUGUAUGUGUAAAAAUGGUUUAAAUUUUGAUUUUCACCAAAAAUGCUGUGAUAUUUUUGUCCAUUUAUGCAUCUCCUAUAUUUAUUUACAACAAAAACAAAGUUUUUCAUUCCUGAUAUUAAUUGUAUCCUUUCCCAAUUUCCACCCUUUCUACUGAAUAGUACCCUUUUUAUCAUUAAAAAUGUGUAAAAUGAGGGGUUUUUUUUCUUCCGUACUUAUUUUACAUGACAGCUGGUAUGCAUUUAGAUUUUUAUAUUACAUGAGGCAGAGUACUUUGCAAUAUAAGCAGGCCCUAUUUGAGUCAGAAUUUGCCAAGUCAUGAUAUUUUUGUAAAACGUUUACUGUAGUUAGAGUAUUAAUUUUUUUAAAUUAAAACCUGUAUAAAGAUUGAUAUACAUUUAUCUUAAUGUUUUUAUUGCCCUAAACUUGUGAUGUUUUGAACCAUAUCUGUCCUUCUUGUAUGUUUGACUAACACAUUGUAUACCAAUUUUUUCCCAUAUAAUAUUUUUUCUUUUUUGUGAAAUGGCAUCAUCAGUAUAAAAGUAUUUUUUUAUGGUUUUGUGAUUUUUGUUUGCUGCAUUUCAUUCUCAGGAAAACUACUUUGCAAGUUUUGCCCAAAAGAAAUUAUUGAUAUGACAUCUGAUUGUAGCACAACAUAUUUCAUUUAAAGGUUACGGUGGCACUGUGUUUGUUUUGCGUUUCACAGAUUACUGGAAAUGGAUGUGUACAAACAUUCAGCUGCCAUUGGUGGUAAUUUAAUUGCUGAUUCAUGGACACUAGGUUUUUGAACUUUGAUGCCCAUUUUCUUUGUUUAAUAUGAACCAACAAUUUAUAAAACAUUGAUAACGAAUGAUUCAAAUAAAAAGUUAAACCAUUUAA